AUGGAGAAGGCAUCACUCUUAACUCCGGCGAACCCACAUUUCUUCCAGCCUCUUCUUACCGGUUUCCAAAGCCACCUCAAUAUUCCUGUGACGUUCUUCUCCAAGCAUAUAGAAGGAAAACACGAGGGUAGGACUGUUAAACUGAGAUCAGAUUCUUCGGACAGAACAUGGAUCGUGAAGAUAGAAGGCCAUAGGCUCACUCAAGGUUGGAAAGAUUUCGCCAAGGCACAUGAUCUUCGAGUCGGUGACGUUGUUAUCUUCAGACACGAAGGAGACAUGUUGUUUCAUGUCACUGCUUUUGGAACCUGUUGCUGUGAGCUCCAAUACGCACUGUCUGGCAUCCAAGUCAAAGACGAAGAGGAGAGCGACGUAAUUGGUAUAAUGGAAUCAUUAUUCAAUGAUGCAUUUACAUUUACUGAGAAUUACUAUAAUUAUUUUAGUGACCGUUAG